CUCUCUCUCUCUUUCUCUGUUUCUUCAUUUUACUCAAAUCAUUAUUAUUUCCUUGUAAAACGUUUUGACUUCAUCUCGAGUAAACAAAUAAUCAAUAAGAAUGGGAAGAUCACCAUGUUGCGAGAAGAAGAAUGGGCUCAAGAAAGGACCAUGGACUCCUGAGGAAGAUAAAAAGCUCACUGAUUAUAUCAAUAUACAUGGUUAUGGCAAUUGGAGAACUCUUCCCAAAAAUGCUGGGUUAGAAAGAUGUGGUAAGAGUUGUCGGCUCCGUUGGACCAACUAUCUCCGACCAGAUAUUAAGCGUGGAAGAUUCUCUUUCGAAGAAGAAGAAACCAUUAUUCAACUUCACAGCAUCAUGGGAAACAAAUGGUCUGCGAUUGCGGCUCGUUUGCCCGGAAGAACAGACAACGAGAUAAAAAACUAUUGGAACACUCACAUCAGGAAAAGGCUACUGAAGAUGGGAAUCGAUCCAGUAACACAUAGUCCACGUCUUGAUCUUCUUGAUAUCUCCUCCAUUCUCAACUCAUCUCUCUUCAACUCUUCGCAUCAUCAUCAACAUAUGAACAUGUCGACGAGGCUCAUGAUGAUGGGAGAUGGUCAUAGUCAUCAGUCAUUGGUUGACCCCGAGAUACUCAAACUCGCAACCUCUCUCUUUUCAAACCAAAACAAUACACACGAGAACCAAACCGAAGUAAACCAAUACCAAACCGGUUACAACAUGAGUAGUAAUCAAGAAUUACAAUAUUGGUUCCCUAUCAUGGAUCAAUUUACAGAGUUCCAAGACCUCAUCACACCAAUGAAGACAACGGUUCAAGAUUCAACGCCCUCCUUGCCAUCAAACUACGACGAUGAUUAUUCAAAAUCUAACUCCGUGUUAGAACCUUUUUACUCCGACUUUGCUUCGGUCUUGACCACACCUUCUUCGAGCCCGACUCCACUAAAUUCAAGCUCCACAACUUACAUCAAUAGUAGCACUUGCAGCACAGAGGAUGAAAAAGAGAGUUAUUACAGUAACAAUAACAUUACGAGUACUUCUGAAAUUCCUGAUUACUCGUUUGAUGUUAAUGGUUUUCUACAAUUCCAAGAAACAAGAAACCAUUGGGAUAGAGUUAUGUAA